AUGGAGACGAAGGAAGAAGAAGAAGAAGUAACUCCUCUCAAGGGCAUAUUAUGUCUGAAAAACAGUCAAGACAUGAAGAGAAUCGAGAAAACAGAGGACUGCUUCAUUCUUGACUGCGACACUUUUGAUUCUUUGGACUUGGAGAAGAAGAAAGAAGAAGUGACUCCUCUCAGAAGCAUACUAUGUCUGAAAAACAGUCGAGACAUGGAGAAAAUCGAGAAGACAGAAGACUGCUUCAUUCUAGACUUCGACCCUUUUGAUUCUUUUGACUUUAAAAAGCUCUCAGUCUCUAGUGAUGACGAUGGUGAUAAAGAUCUGGAUAUUAUCCAUGAAACAGGCCAGGUGGCUUGUAGAGAUUACCCACAUCCGAGACACCUUUGCUUGAAUUUUCCCUUUGGAUCAACUCCAAAUGCAACCCAUUGUCAUAUGUGUUAUUGUUGUGUCUGCGAUAAGCCUGCUCCUUGUGCACAGUGGAUGUCUUCGCAUUGCAAUACUUCAGCGGACUCUAUGAAGCAGAAGUCACCGACCCUGGAGAGUGAGAGCUUUUACUAUUCUGAUUAA